AUGGCCGAAGCUCAUCAGGCAACAACCUACAGUGAUGUCCUUAUUCAUGAGCAUACAGAUGCUAAUCAUGAUCAAGAAGUCUUACAAUUGGUGUUUAAAUCUGGUUUGAGAUCCUGGAAAAAGAGACUUGCAAGAUUUCGAAGUAAAGUUAAGAACGGAGUCUAUCCAGCACAUUUGGAGAGUCUAUGGAUCAUUGUAGCUUUAGCAAUGGGAUUUCAUUUCUACACACAAAAUACUCCUUUUGAUGUCGUUAAAGUCGUUAUUAAAUUUAUGCCAGAUCAAAGUCUAGGAUGGGAGAUUGUUGCAUGCACUAUCGCUGGACUCUUUUAUUGGCUUCUUGUAGCUUUUAUUAUGAGGUUCACACUUAAGAUGUUGCUGACAUACCGAGGAUUCUUGUUUGAAGCUCGUGGCAAAAAAGUCUCGAUUAAAACAAAAAUCUGGGCAAUUUUACUUAAAAUAUUUAUCAAAUGGAACUCUCCUAAUCUAUUCAGUUUUCAAGAAACACUGCCAAGGUUGCCUGUCCCACCUGUAAAGGAUACAAUGAAACGCUAUUUACGUUCUGUACGUCCGUUACUCGAUGACAAAAAUUAUGAUAGAGUUGCAAGGGAGGCUGAAGAGUUUGAAAAGGGUAUUGGCAAGAAGCUACAACGUUAUUUGGUCCUUAAAAGUUGGUGGGCAACAAACUAUGUUUCAGAUUGGUGGGAAGAAUACGUUUAUCAUAAAAGUAGACAUCCACUGUUAGUCAACAGUAAUAUUUAUGGAACUGACUGUGUCAAUCAUCCAACCAAGAACCAAGCUGCAAGAGUUGCUAAUUUGAUUUACUUGUGCCUGCAAUUCCGUCGAAAAAUUAUUCGACAAGAACUUCAGCCAAUUAUGGUCCAAGGAAUGGUUCCAUUAUGUUCAUAUCAGUAUGAAAGAUUGUUCAAUACUACCCGUAUUCCAGGCAUUGAUGGUGAUAAACUCAUACACAAUGAUGAUGCUCAUUAUAUGACUAUAAGACACAAAGGAGUUUUCUAUAAACUUCCAGUUCAGCAUAAUGGUCGCAUGCUUAAUGCUAAAGAAAUUGAAUAUCAAUUGAAUUACAUCCUUAAGUCCAACAAUAAAGCUUCACAUCCUGAAGAGUUCUUAGGAUCCUUAACUGCAUGGGACAGAACGAAAUGGGCUGAAACCAGAAACAAAUAUUUCGCAAAAGGAAUCAACAAAUCAUCACUUGACUGCAUCGAAAGCUCCAUUUUCUUCAUUAAUCUUCAUGACAAACCGUUUGAUAUGGACUUUGAUGACAAUGAAAAAAUGAAGGUUUUCUCAAAGGAAUGUCUUCAUGGACAAAUUUAUGAUUUCUGGUUCGACAAAAGCUUUUGUAUGGCAGUCGGAACUAAUGCUAGGUAUGCAAUGAAUGCAGAGCAUUCCUGGGCUGAUGCUCCUAUUCUUGGACACUUGUAUGAAGAAGUUCAGUUUGAUGACCAAUUUAGCUACGAUGAAGAAGGAAACCUUUUGGGAUCAAUGGAAUGCAAGCCACCACUUCCAACUCGAUUGAAAUGGGACUUUAGUGAAGAACAAUUGAUCAAAAAUAUUGAUCAAGCUUACAAUGAUGCGUUGAAAAUCACAACUGAUGUUGAUCACAUGGUCCUCAAAUUCGCUGAAUUUGGUAAAGGAUUUAUAAAAACCUGCAAAGUCUCACCUGAUGGAUUUAUUCAAAUGGCUCUUCAACUUGCUUACUUCCGUGACUUCGGAAAAUUCUCUUUAACAUAUGAAGCAUCAAUGACACGACUUUAUCGUGAAGGCAGAACAGAAACUGUAAGAUCAUGUUCGAUUGAAUCAUGUGCUUGGGUGCGUGCGAUGGAAGAUGACAACAUUCCAGCUAAAGAAAAAGUUCGCCUUUUAAGAGUGGCAUGUGAAAGACAUCAGCAAUCGUACUUAGAAGCAAUGACAGGAAAAGGAGUUGAUCGUCACAUUUUCUGCCUGUAUGUAAUCUCCAAAUAUCUUGAAAUUGAAUCGCCAUUCUUGAAAGAAGUACUUAGUGAACCAUGGAGAUUAUCAACUAGUCAAACUCCACAUGGUCAAAGUCCUAGAACUGAUCUUGUAAAAUAUCCUGGUUUGGUUGGAAGUGGAGGAGGAUUUGGUCCAGUUUCUUAUGAUGGCUACAGUGUAUCAUACAUCGUGUCAGGUGAAGAUAAAAUCUUCUUCCAUCUUUCAAGCACAAUAAGCUGUCCUCAAACAAAUACUGAAAGAUUUUCUCAACGCUUAACAAAAGCUCUCGUUGACAUAAAAGCUCUUUUUGAAAAGCUCAACGCAGAACAAAAACUUCAAAAAAAUGGUGUCAGUUAA